GGCAAACGGGAGGGACAACUGUUCUUAGGUUUCCGGUUUCCAGGUUAGCGUUUUGUCAGGGUUUGUUGGGGGUGUGCCGGUGGCCUAGGCGGAAUCCAACGGCUGGACCAUGUCGGCCUUUGAGAAGCCUCAGAUCAUCGCCCAUAUACAGAAGAGCCUCAACUAUACGGUAUUCGACUGUAAGUGGGUGCCCUGCAGCGCCAAGUUUGUGACCAUGGGCAACUUCGCGCGGGGCACCGGCGUCAUUCAGCUGUACGAGAUCCAGCACGGGGACCUAAAGCUGCUUCGGGAGAUUGAAAAGGCCAAACCUAUUAAAUGUGGAACAUUUGGUGCAACAUCUUUACAGCAGAGAUAUUUAGCUACUGGGGAUUUUGCUGGAAACCUUCAUAUAUGGAACUUGGAAGCUCCAGAUAUCCCAGUAUAUUCUGUAAAGGCUCAUAAGGAAAUUAUAAAUACCAUAGAUGGUGUCGGUGGACUAGGCAUCGGGGAAGGGGCACCUGAAAUUGUCACUGGCAGCCGAGAUGGAACCGUGAAGGUGUGGGACCCAAGGCAGAAAGAUGACCCCGUUGCUAAUAUGGAACCUGUACAAGGAGAAAACAAGAGAGACUGCUGGACCGUGGCAUUUGGCAAUGCAUAUAAUCAAGAGGAACGUGUCGUUUGUGCUGGUUAUGACAACGGAGAUAUCAAACUAUUUGAUCUCAGAAAUAUGUCAUUACGGUGGGAGACAAAUAUAAAAAACGGGGUAUGUAGCUUGGAGUUUGACAGAAAAGACAUAAGUAUGAAUAAAUUAGUAGCUACAUCUCUGGAAGGAAAGUUUCAUGUUUUUGACAUGAGAACACAGCAUCCAACCAAAGGUUUUGCUUCCGUUUCAGAAAAGGCUCAUAAAUCUACUGUGUGGCAGGUCCGGCACCUGCCACAGAACAGAGAGCUCUUCCUGACAGCUGGAGGCGCUGGCGGCCUGCACCUCUGGAAGUACGAAUACCCAAUUCAGCGGUCCAAGAAAGAUUCCGAGGGUGUAGAGAUGGGAGUUGCGGGUUCGGUCAGCCUCCUGCAGAAUGUCACGUUGUCUACCCAGCCCAUUUCCAGUUUGGACUGGAGUCCAGAUAAGAGGGGUCUCUGCCUCUGUAGUUCAUUUGAUCAAAUGGUAAGAGUACUGAUUGUUACCAAACUCCAUAAAAUUUGAUCUGAAGACUUUGGACACAAAACCUCCAGAGGAACCCUCAGAAUUUAGAAUCUGUUCUGGGAUCCUUUGACCCUUGAAGAAAGUUGGAUUUGACAAAAAAAGGCCCCGGGCCAGCCUCUCUCGGGGUGUGAACUGAGCAGUGCCCGGCGGCCUGACUGGACACUGGUUUGCUGUUGCACAGGAGGCCACCACAGGCCCCAGCACCACUCUGUUCCUCUCCCCUUUGUUUCUGAUAAAACGUCAAAACUUUUCUCUCUUGAGACAUUUGAAAUUGGCUCUGCAUCCACAAAGUUCCAUGUUUUAUAACAGUGCUAUGGUAGUGACUUAAUUUGGUUUAAAAUAGUGUGCCUUGUUGUUCCCUAGUGGCUCAGCGAGUUAAGGAUCCAGCUUUGUCAUGCAGGGCCUCGGGUUUCUACUUUGGUGUGGGUUCAGUCCCUGGCCUGGGAAUUUACACAUUUGGGCCCAGCCAAAAAAAAAAAAAAUUACAAUAGUUUACCUUGGUAAAAUGACUGAAUUAACCUUCAUAAAUAAAUAUACUUUGAGGCAUUUCAGUGUCAGUAAAUUUCUAUAAAGAUUACUACUUUAUAAAAUACCAAAAUGGUAUUAUGGUCAACCUAGAUUUAGGUCACUAUUUCAGCAGUGUAAUUCUUAAAAUGAAAUAUGUGAAAUACCAUGAUUUACAAAGACCUCUUUUUUUUAAGUUAAAAAACAGAAGUCAAAUUCCUGAGACUUCAGUUAUUGGCUGUGGUAAGUGAUGGUGAAAUGUAUAAGACUGUGGGGCUUUUGUCGCCUUGUUUUUGUCAAUCUUUUUAAUAUAUUUUGUCAAUAAAUUUUGCUUGUAAAAUC